AUGCGCCUCAGCUCGCUCACCUAUUUGCUGCUUGCUGUUGCAGGCUCAGUCUCUGCGGUUGCAUUUCCCAGAACCUAUCCGUCAAAUGAAGACCCAUCAAACCACAUCAGCGUCUUAGCGACGUCGGACUCCUCGUCAACCAAUCAUCUACCAACAGAACAACAGCACCGCCGGUUAGACACAAGACGACCACGCGAUAUGCAAAAUCGAGAUUCCGCUUUCCAUGGCAAGGACGAACACGAAAGAUUAGUCGCUCUGUGCGAAGCCGGCUUUGUUAGUGGCUGCCAGGCUGCAAUCGAGGAAGAGAAGUCAGGAGCUGGUUCAAUUACACCGAACCCCAACAGCCAGUCGAACACAAUCAUCUCAUCGCCAUUAGCUCCAGUGAGCUCCUUUUUCGAUAGCAAAGAAGCGACGAACAAUUACUUUGGAAAUUUGCUUCCUUCUUUCAACUUCUUUGUCGUGGCUAUUACAGUUGUUUGUGUUGUCACUAUUCUGCGAGCCGUGGUACGCUCUCGGACGUUUCAAGACCGGUGGCCCUCCAACUGGCCAGGCCUAGUGGCUUGA